AUCGUCCUUCCCAUUUGGGUAUUCAAGUUUUUGCCGCCAAUCUCACCUUCGCUCCGACACCUCUCUUCUCUGAGCUCAGGGUUUCUCUGCAAACCGCAGAUUUCAGUUCAAAACCCGUCUCCCAUUUCCUCAAAUGACCUCCACAAGUCCUCUCCACAUCGCUGACGACGACGACGACGAGUUCGAUUGGGAGGCAGCUGUGAAAGAAAUCGAUGUCGCGUGUGAAAGCGCCAACACCUUAACUUCACUCCCCAAUAACCCAUCUUCUUCACGUUUUGGUCCUCUUCAGAAUAAUUGUAAUUAUGUAUCUUCUUCUAAUAAUGUAUUGAAAAAGCCCUGGGCUUAUAAGCAAUCUACCCUCGAUAGUUUUAUCGGGAAGGGGGUGGGUCUUGAGAAUCCUGCUGAGAAUCCGGUGGUUGAUGAUCUAGUUCAGCAGGUUGCUGUUGAGGGCGAAGUUGAGAGGGUAAGCUACGUUGCGAUUGAUGCUGAAGCGGCUAAAACAUGGAUAUAUCCAGUUAAUGUGCCCCUUCGUGAAUAUCAGUUGGCUAUAACCAAGACAGCAUUAUUUUCAAAUACAUUGGUGGCAUUGCCUACAGGACUUGGAAAGACACUUAUAGCUGCAGUUGUUAUGUAUAACUAUUUCAGAUGGUUUCCAGAUGGGAAAAUAGUAUUUGCUGCACCAUCUCGACCACUUGUAAUGCAGCAAAUAGAAGCAUGCCAUAAUAUUGUGGGAAUACCACAAGAAUGGACAAUUGAUAUGACAGGUCAGCUAAGUCCUACAAAAAGGACAUGCUUUUGGAAAACUAAACGAGUGUUCUUUGUCACUCCACAAGUUCUGGAGAAGGAUAUUCAAGCUGGCACAUGUUUGGUGAAAAACCUAGUGUGUUUGGUUAUUGAUGAAGCUCAUCGUGCAUUAGGAAAUUACUCUUACUGUGUGGCAGUUCGUGAGUUGAUGUCAGUACCAGUGCAGCUAAGAAUAUUAGCUUUGACUGCAACACCAGGGUCAAAGCAGCAGGCCAUCCAGAAUAUUAUUAGUAACUUACAUAUAUCAACACUUGAAUAUCGUAAUGAAGAUGAUCCUGACGUGAGCCCAUAUGUUCAUAACAGAAAAAUUGAAUUACUUGAGGUUGCACUGGGAAAAGACACUGUUGAUAUAAAUAAACAGCUACUGGAAGUCAUACGUCCCUAUGUGGCUAGGCUUUCUGCAGUUGGACUUCUCCAAAAUCGAGACUACAAGACUUUCAGCCCUCCAGAUUUACUUAAUUCAAGGGAAAAAUUUCGCCAAGCACCUCCACCAGAACUUCCCCAGAGCAAGUAUGGAGAAAUUGAAGCUUACUUUGCUGGUCUUAUCACUCUUUAUCACAUCCAUAAGCUACUUUCCAGUCAUGGAAUAAGGCCAGCAUACGAAAUGCUGGCAGAAAAGUUGAAACAAGGGUCAUUUGCAAGACUGAUGAGUAAAAAUGAAGACAUUAGAAAAGUAAAACUUUCGAUGCAGCAAAGCUUAUCUCAUGGAGCUCCUAGUCCCAAAUUGUCAAAACUGUUGGAAGUGUUGGUGGACCAUUUCAAAACAAAGGAUCCACAGAACUCAAGGGUAAUAAUUUUCUCCAAUUUUAGAGGAAGUGUAAGGGAUAUAAUGAAUGCACUGGCUAACAUUGGGGAUCUAGUUAAGGCAACAGAGUUUAUUGGUCAAAGCUCAGGAAAAGCGUUGAAAGGCCAGUCGCAAAAAGUUCAACAGGCUGUCUUGGAGAAAUUUCGAGCUGGCAAAUACAAUGUUAUUGUUGCCACAUCAAUUGGUGAAGAAGGCCUGGAUAUCAUGGAAGUGGAUCUUGUAAUAUGUUUUGAUGCUAAUGUGUCACCAUUAAGAAUGAUCCAGCGAAUGGGAAGAACUGGAAGGAAGCAUGAUGGACGAGUUAUAGUUUUAGCUUGUGAAGGGUCUGAAUUGAAGGGUUAUAUGCGAAAACAAGCGAACGGCAGGACCAUUAGGAAACAUAUGCGUAAUGGGGGGAUAAAUAGCUUUGAUUUCCAUUCUAGCCCAAGGAUGAUUCCCCACUUUUUUAAACCAGAAGUCCAAUUUGUUAAGCUGUCAAUUGAACAAUACAUUCCCCGGGGAAAGAAAGUGAAAGAUGAUAGUGCGAUCCAGACACCUGUUUUCAGAGCCAAAUUAAAUGUUGCGGAAGCUGCUUUAAUUGCCAAGUACUUUGAACCCACCAGUGAACAAUCUUGGAGACCAUCUCUUAUUGCCUUUCCUCAUUUCCAGGCAUUUCCCUCAAGAGUGCAUAAAGUAAUGCAUUCUUAUAGAACAGACAUGCUGAUUGAUACAAUGCAAUACUUGCAAAAUCUAUCAUUUUCAAGGGAAAGCAGAGCUUUAUUUACGGAGGGUGAAAUUGCUUCAGCAGGUAAGUGCAUGGGAAUUGGGACUGUUGAAGAAGAGGAUAAUGAUAAGGAUCCACCGACUUGGGAUGAAUCUCCAACUACCAAGUCACAGAAAAAAGUAGUGGAUUCUGAUGUUUCGUCCCCAAGGUCCUUGAGAACCAAGGAGCAUAAUAUGCUGGAUCUCCAAGGCCAAAGUCCAGCAGCCCAUUCCUAUCUUUUUGGUUCAGAAUUUGUGUCUGUAGAUACUCUUGGAAAGGUCAUAAUUUCGUCUGUCCCAGUAUUUCCAUUAAAAGAGGCACCACAAACUAAUUGUAAAAGUACUAGCACUACUGUGCUGCUUAAUUGCUUGAAGCCAAUUGCUUGCCAUUUGAAGAAUCCAGGAAAAAAUUACAAGGAGCAGGCUAUGCAAGGCAAGUCUAGUCCAAGCAUAAUACCAUCUUGGGCUCAGUGUGAAACAAAUGUGGCGUUGGUAAUAACUAAAUCUGAUCUCCAGCCAGAAAAAACACUGGAUCAGGUUGAAAAGAUUCCUGAGACUCCAGUGUUGAAGAAAAUAAUUUUAAAUGGAGAUUGUGUUGCUGAAUCACUUGGUUGCUUGCAAAUUAAGCUGCCAUCUUUGCAAGCUGUUGAAAAUGAUAAUAAUGAACUGAGUCCCAGGUUAUCGAAUAUGAUCCAGAGUGGUUUUGUUCCGGAAUCUCCAAUCAAUGAUAUUGGACUGUUGAAUGGCAAAGGAAGGAAUGAGUUUUCGGUUUCAGAUGUGUCACCCAUGAAAUUGUGUGCUGAACCACUGUCAAAGUCUCAAAGCCCAAGCAAAAAUGAUAUCGCAAUCAGCAGUAGUUCCUGUAAAAGAGAUGGUUCCAUAUCUUCUUUUAAUCAUGAAUUUCAAACUCCUAUACUGAAGGAGAAUAUAGCCAGAAGAGAUGGAUGUACCUCGAUUUCUCCACUUGCUGAAGAAACGAAUACUCCCGUUGUAAAUCUCACCAAAAAUAGCAUUAGCAAAGAUUGGAUUCCGAGUUCUGCAGAUAAGUCAGAAAAUGUUGAACCAGUACGUAAGUUUAAGAGAUUGCGGAAAAUUGGAGAUGUAGACAGAAAUAGGAAUCCAGAAGGCAACAAAGAAAAAUCUUUAGCCCCUAUAACAAACCUUGACAGAUCCUUUUCUUAUCUCAGUCCUAACCAAAUAAAGGACCAUAAAGGUAAAAGGAAGCUAGGUGGCAAAGUCAGGACCUUCAUUGAGGAGGAAGCAGAGGUGUCUUCUGAAGCUGAAAUGUCUGAUGAUGAGGAAGAUGACCCAGGCAAUAGUUCUUAUGAUGAUAGUUUCAUAGAUGACAGGACAAGUCCCACAGCAGCAAGUACUCAAGCUGAAACUAGUAGAGUCGACAUGAUGGCAGUUUACAGGCGUUCUUUGCUCACCCAAUCACCAAUGGAGAGGGAAUCAAAUUCUUAUAUCACUAUUACACCUGAUGGUGGGACUUCCAUGAGCAGAAUGAACGAAAGCAAAAGCUCCUCAGUCAAGGCAUCAUGUUCUUUCCAGACCCCUGUACCUGAUUCUGCAAAUAAUCCUGCUAGGAGAGAUGCAGAUUCCUUUCCCUAUAGCGACAGGAUGUCAGCAGCAAUCCCUUGUAUAACCACUCAUUCUAUGAGGGAAAAUGAGAGGGAGCUGGAAUCCAAGAAAAGGAAAUUAAGUUUUUGUCAUCCUGGAUCUAUCCCAGUGAUCAACUUAGAGCAAAAAUUCUCUCAGCAAUCAGAUUCUGACAGAAAUGAACCAUUCCAGCAGGGUCCUGCAGAAAAUUUUGAUGACAGUGAAGUACUUCAUGAUGAUCUAUUCUUUGCAAAUCUUGAUCUUGAUGCUGUGGAGGCACAAGCUACCAUGCUUCUCAAACAUAGAUCAGAAUUAUCAUUACAGAAGCAGGAUACAAUUCCAAAUUCCAAUGCACAAAAUUUUGAACUUCAGAGUUCUCCAUCAUUUGAUCUUGGGAUAUGGUAAUUUAGAGGUAAAUCUUUAUAAUUUCCUCCCUCAAGCAUGUUGCUGAAGAAUCCGUUCAAGCAAAACGGCCAAUCAAACUCUGCCAGUUCUUUUUUUUUUUUUUUUGGUCAUAGAAUAGGUAGAAUGCAAUGCAACGUAAUUUAUAUAAUAGAUUAUGUCAGUGCAAAAAAGAAAUUAUGUACAGCCCCAUGUAUAGAAGGAUAGGUAGCCAUCCAUUGUAUAGAAACAUUAUACCAGAAAUUCCAUGUUCAUAAAAGAAAAUUGAUGCAGAAUCGAACUUGUAAGGUAAAAUUUUCCUUUCGGGAAUUUGUCCACAGCAAAAAUGAAUAAAUAAAUAAUUCAAAUAAUCUU